GUCCGAGCCCGGCUACUUUGCCCUAAGCAAAGAAGAGGCCCGGUUGAGUUGCCUUGAGCGGGUCCAUUGCGGUGCCCAGCAUCGCAAACGAGUCAAAAUGACUGGCACUGUCAUAUAUGAACUUGAGUUCCAGAACUUUCACAAGGUGUAGCCCCAAGAUUUUGUCUUCUCAGCAGACCCUGAUACACUCUCAUUCCACAGCAGCGCAUCCACGCUCGCUGUCCAUCGCCCAUCACACGUGUUCGUGAAGUUCAGGCUGGUCCUGCAUUCUUCAAGGCCGCACCAGGUCUGCGCAAUCACAGCCGAAGAUGAAGUGCUACAAAAUCUUUGUUCUGGUCUUUUUCGUCCUUGAAGGAGUGGCUGCACUGCCUUCACCGCCGGACGGUCUUCUUCGUGCAGAUGGCUUUCCUUCAAGCUCGAGAGCAGACGCAGGGGACAGUGCAACAAAGCAAGCCCGUCGACGCGAAGAGUUUGCUCGCAAAGCAAAGAGGCCCGACGCAUUGAUCGAGCCUCGAACUUUUAAAGCUUCCGAAGAAGCCGACAGCGACGACUCGGACCGACUGAAGCGCCCCUCUCCGCGCACUAUCGCAGAUCUCCAUCGCCGCCAAGAAAAGAGCCCACAAUCAUCACUCAGGAUCCAAGACGAAGAUGUCAAGAACGAGCGACAGCUGCAGGCAGCAAGGCAAGGCACGGACGAUAAUCCGCUCGCGAAGAGAGGGAAGCUUGUCAAGGGAGGAAUCGCUGUUGUGGCCCUAGGCACUGUCGGCGGCUUGUAUGGUCUCCUCAAGAAGUUUGUGUUCGAUAAGAAGCACGGUAAGCCGGAUGAAGGCCCUUACCCACAGCCUGGCGACUCCUCUUCAACGCCUCCGCCAACGCCUCGUAGUCUUGACGACGACGGACCAGAGCUUGGCAAAGUCCCACUCAGCAAGAGAGAUCGCCAAGGGAAGGUCGUCAAGAGUGGCAUUGCUGUAGCUGCUUUGGCGACCAUCGGCGGCUUGUACGGCCUGCUGAAGAAAUUCGUCUUCGACAAGAAGAAGGGCAAACCGGAUGAAGGACCUUACCCACAGCCUGGUGAUUCCUCGCCAACGCCCCCGCCAACACCCCGCAGCGUUGACGAUGAGUCGCAAGACAACAAAGUACCGCUUGCGAAGAGAGACCGAAGGGCCAGACUCAUCAAAGAGGCAAAGGUUGGAGCGGGGGCAGCUACCAUCGCUGCUCUGUAUUAUGCUUUGUACAAGCUGAUGACCGGUAAGAGCGACGGCCAGCAAACGUUCACUCCAGGCAAUGACGCCCCGGGCCCAGAUGCUGCUCCAGCACCAAAAGCUCGUGGCCUAAUUGCUCGGGAUGAUGAGGAUUUUGACAAGAGAAUCGUUCCAGGUGACGAUGGCGCCAUGAACGCGCAGAGACGACUGACAAAGAGAGCUAUCACCCUCCAACAGCUUCACACUGGAGCCAAGGCAAGUGCUCUUGUCAUUUCCUUGGGGGGACUAUAUUAUGUGGUCAGUCAAAUACUCAAAGACAGCAAAGCCAGGCGUCAAGGCCAGCAAGGCCACCACGGCCAUGCCCCGGAACCAGUCUCCGCUCCUGCACCACGACCUCGAAGUCUCGGCGAUUCUGAAGUCGAGACAAGUGAAGCAGAAGAGGCACCUCGACAGGAGAGCGAUCUCGAGCUGAACGAACGGGGCAUGUCUGGAGCCCAGAAAGGCUUUCUUAGGAUUGGAGGCGCAACGACCGCGAUGAUGACCAUGACAUCUCUUGCUCACGUUGCUCAAAAGCAAAAGCACAGCGAACACAAGCAGGAGAAGGAGAUCACAAAGGCAAAAGGGAAGGCGCAACAUCCGCCACCAAGACACGUUCCCAUUCUCAGACCACGAAGCCUCAGUCAAGGGACUCCCUGUCUGACCAGCUCGAACCACCUCUAUCCUGACGGGGCUCGAUUGGAUGAGAGACUUAAAGGCAAUUGGGGGAAAACUGUAGGAGGUGGCGUGGUAGGGAUGUGUGGUCUUGGCAUGGAAUCUCUCUAUGCUGCCAACGCUCUGAAGAAAAAGGAAGAGCGACAGCAGAGGGCGUACCAAGAAGCAAAGAAGUAUGGGCCGGCGCUCAUGAUCAAAAAGCCUGCAAAGGACCCUCGCUGAGGAUCGUGUUCAUCUGACAAUUAUUGCGAUCCAGCGCCUCCGGAUCCCAUUCGCCGCUUUGCCAGCUUGCUUUCAAUUCGAGAAUUGUGAUCGGCCUACUCCAAAUUCCGGACUCCGGAACACCUCGCCGGGACAGUGUGUGCUACGUGGAGGCGAUCGUGAGCUUUGAUGAACGAGAAUGGUGCAGCAUUGCUUCUGGACAAGUUUGCUAUGAGAUUUUCAUCGUCAGGACCAACAGACUAGCAGGUGGAUUGCUCUGACGCACCUUCUGCCUUUCCUCUGGCCUGACAAGCUGUUGCUGCACCGCAAUUGCACCAUCGAAGGACGUCCACACUACUGGUCCAUUGCUCCG